UAUACACAAAAAAGGCAGAUAGAAAAAGAAAAAGAAUAAAUUAGACCUUGAGGACCCAUUAAUAUUGAAUGCUUUCAAAUAUGCCUGUGGGCAUUUUGUUUUGGCAAAUUAAUACGCAUCUCUUGAAUAGCAGCUUAUCUCUUUUAAGCUUUUAACUGGUUACAAAAAUGUUUCAACAAAACCCUGCCAUUUCUAAAACCCUAAACAACCCACCACCUUAUUUUUCCACCUUCACCCCUCAUCCCUUAACAAAAUUCUCAAACCCUUUUCACAACCCAACUCACCAAUCACCUAAACUCCCAAAACUCAUAUCAAUAAACUCAUUUUUUCAUCAAAAAAAUCCACCUUGCAGACCAGAUGUUCGAUCAUAUGCCGGUCGUAGCAAGAAAAAACCCGGGGGUAGUUCGGGUGGUCGUAUUGAAGGCAAUGCAGAGGUACGUCGAGAAGCGAAAAGAAACGCUAGAAGGAAGAGUAAAAAACUGGCUGAAAGUUUGUUUUAUCGGCUUAAGAAUCCUCAUGGGAAUUACCCGAAUAAUUUCACACAAGAUGAGUUGCAAAUGAUUGGGUUAGGAUAUGAUAGAAUGGUUCGGUUUAUGGAGAAAGAUGACCCGAAUCUUAAGCAUCCUUAUGAUUGGUAUAAGUAUGGUGAAUUCGGGCCGUAUUCUUGGCGUGGGGUCGUUUUAGGAGAACCGAUAAGAGGGAGGUUUUCGGAUGAGAAUGUGAGUUUGAUUGGUGAAGUUAGGGAUCAAGAAGAGUGGGAAAAGAUUGAGCAGUUUGAAAUGAGUCAAGAUUUUGGAGAAAGAUUGGGACAGUUGGAUAAAAAUGUGGGUUUAAGGUACUUUUGGGUGUUUGUUAGGCAUCCGAAAUGGAGAGUUUCGGAACUGCCAUGGGAGCAAUGGACUCUUGUUAGUGAAGUUGUGGUUGAAGCUAGGAAAGAUGAGAGGUUAGAUAAGUGGAAUUUGAUGGGUAGGCUUGGGAACAGGACGAGAUCGUUGAUUACAAAAUGUGCAGCGUGGAUGAGGCCGGAUAUUAUAUAUGUGAAGAGACCGAUUUAUCAAUGUAGGUUUGAACCUCAAGGUCAGUUUUUUAAGUCGAUGACGCCUUUGCUUGAUCCUGAGACUGAGCAAGAUUUUAUGUGUCAGUUAGAAGGUGAUGAUGGUAGGGUGGAAAUGUGUACUUAUUUUAGUGGGUUGUGCAAGAUUUUGAGAGUGAACCCGAAAGCUUUUGUGGAUGAUGUGGUUAAGGCAUAUGAGAAAGCGAGUGAUGAAAGGAAGUCAAAGUGUUUGGAGUUUUUGCUUGGGAAUCAUCCUAUCGAGUUACUUCAUCCGUAUACUAAGGAAUGGAAGGCUAAGUUGGAGGAAGAGGAGUUGGGUUGUGACGCCCCUGAUGAGAAUGAUGAUAUUGGUGCAAAGAUGGAUGUUUUGGAUUGGGCUGAAGAUGAGGACGAGGAUGAAGAUGAUGAUAUAGUGUUGGAUGGAGAACUUAGUGAGGUUGAAGAUGAUGAUAUAGUGUUGGAUGGAGAACUUAGUGAGGUUGAAGAUGAUAGUGAUGAUGAUGAUGGCAGUGGUGAUGACGACGAUGAUAAUCAGGAUGAUGGUGAUUUGGAAGAUGAUGAGAAGUAUUGGGAAGAAGAGUUCAAGAAGGCAGUAAAUAGCAGUGAAGAGAUGGAAGUUGUGGCAAGGCGCAGUGCGAAAAUGGCAACAAAGUUGUAUGAGAAGCAAUCGCAGGUGAUGGAAGAGAAGCAAAGGAAAAAGAAAGAGGUUGAGAAUGGCGAAGUUGAAUCAACAAUGAGGCGUAGUCGGGCUAAAAUUAGCCCAGAAGAGUGGAAGCAAUUGGGGUACGGUCCGAAAAUGAAGAAGAUCAAGAAGAGUAGAAUUCCACCUGGCCAAUUCUUGAGAGCGGCGGUGAGACCAUUUCUGUAUAAAAAUCUUGUUAAAGAGAUCGUCUUAACAAGGCAUGCAAUACUAGAGGGUGAGAUAGGCGGUGCGAAUAAUAAAUAAGGUCUGUUCAUUCUGCACAAUCUGGAAUCUUUAAUAGCUUGCAAUUUGCAUUGCAAAUAAUUUUGGAGCAUUAUUGAAUGUGAAUUUAUGUCUUGAACCUCAUGUAUGAAAAAUAUUACGAUAAACAAAAUUUUCAUAGGGAAUAAGCAAGUUUGUUUAUAUUU